AAACCCCCACACUGUCCGCUCAGGUGAGAAUCUGCCUGUGUACCUUUCCCAGGGGGCGUGGCCUCUGUGUAUUUCAUAUCUGCUGGAGCGAAAGGCAGACAGACAACUCGGAAACCCGGGUCAGGGCGCAGAAGAUCCAGCUGGAGACAUAUUAGAUUUAACAUGAAAAAGUCGUGGAGUGUGUCGUCUGAAAGCUCCCUCCCCCCGCUGGAGGACGACGUGGAGUCCGUCUGCUCGGACGAGCUGCUGGGCUCACAGUCCCGCCGCUGGCUGACGGAUCUCCAUAACCGGGACCUGCCUCCGGAGAGCGCGGACGUCCACACGGUCGGCCGGGAUGGACUGUUGGUGGACAUUCACUUUCCUCUGGGAGAGCUGGAGAUGCAUUCCGGGGUCACGUGGAAACGACCAAGGGAGAUCUGCCCAUCACCUCAGUUCAUAGUGAACGGAGCUUCACGCCUGGACGUCCGCCAGGGAAGACUCAAUGACUGCUGGUUACUUUCUGCUAUCACAUCUCUCGCUGUGCACCCGUCUCUACUCGAAAAGGUUGUGCCUGUAGAACAGAGCUUCAAGGAUGGAUACAAUGGUAGCUUCACUUUCAGGUUCUGGCAGUAUGGUCAGUGGGAGGAGGUAAAGAUAGAUGACUUGUUGCCGACAGAGGGCAACAAUCUGAUCUACCUCAGCUCCCCAGAGAAACAUGAGUUCUGGAGCUCCCUGCUGGAGAAGGCUUAUGCCAAGCUGAAAGGAGGCUACAGAGCUCUGGACAUGGGCUUUCCUCACGAGGCCAUGGUUGACAUGACUGGCGGGGUGGCUGAGGUUUUGAAAACUGACUUGCUGCCCAGAGACGCUGCGGCCUUCCUCAGAUACCUGCUGUCUAAAGGAGCGCUCAUCAACUGCGCCAACUGCCAGGGUUCUCUGGAGCAAAAGAAUGAACUAGGGAUCAUGUACAGACAUGCUUACUCUCUGACUGCAGUCGAGAAGGUGAAGACGGCACAUGGCACCGUGGAUUUGGUGCGAAUCCUCAACCCCUGGGGCGACACUGAGUGGGAGGGGCCUUGGAGUGACUUGAAAGGUCCAGAGUGGAACACAGUGAGCAUUGAGGAGCAGAAAAGACUGGACAGAGUCAAUCGAGAGGAUGGGGAGUUCUGGAUGUCGGUGUCAGACUUCCGACAGCAGUUUGAGGUGAUAGAGGUGUGUUAUCUGACCGACACUCUCACAGAACCCAGCUCCGGUGUGCUGCCAUGGUGCUACAUGAUGCACCAUGGGAACUGGGUGCCAAGCAUCACAGCAGGAGGCUCUCCCCACAGUGGUUUCUUCUGGCAGAACCCUCAGUUCCACUUUGAACUGUCAAAGGUGGACAGUGACAGAGACUCUAAGAAAACUUGCUCCUUCGUUUUGGCUCUGAUGCAGAAACACCAGAGACGUACAGGCAUAAAACUUACCAUAGGCCUGCAUAUAUACAAGGCCCAUCCUACAAAUACAUACCUGUCACCUGAGGACCUCGGUGCAGUCCCCCCUGUCCUCCAGGCCCCCUAUUCUUCACGUCGUGAGGUGGUUCUUCGUGACUCUCUUCCACCAGGCCAUUAUGUCAUCAUUCCUUCCACUGCUGAGCUCAAUCAGCAGGGAGCGUUCCUCCUCCGGGUGCUGACAGAGCAAGGCAACAAAGCCACCCCAGUUCACAAACCCAUGCCACAAGACAUCUCUUCAAUAACAGAGGUUUCAUUUCCUCACCUGGCUGCUCUUCCCUCUCUUGAAGCUAUCGGACAACUGUUCAGGAAGCACUCCAACAAGAUGUUAUGCAAACCAGUGCAUCUGCACAGCCUCCUGACUGAGGCCAUACAGGGAGGAGUGUUGGCCGGCAGUGAGAAGAACCUGGCUCUGGAACACUGCAAGAGCCUUGUGGUCCUCAUGGAUACCCAAGGCAUCGCUCAGCUAAACUGGCAUGAGUUCCAGAGUCUGUGGGACAAGAUCAGGAGGUGGACGGAUAUCUUCCUGGUGUUUGACAAGAACAAAACCCAGCGUCUUGAGUAUCAAGAGGUCACUCCUGCUCUGAAGGCAGCAGGCAUCACAGUGGAUGAGCUGGUGAUGCAGCUGGUUGGACUAAGAUACACAGAGCCUGACCUGACCAUCAGUUACCCCGGCUUCCUGUACCUGCUGAUGAAACUGGAGAGCAUGAUCCACAAAUUUCAGGCUUAUGAUAUGGUGGGAAUGGGAACCAUAACUGUCAGCUACAAACAGUGGCUCCACAUGACCAUGUACAACUGACCUGACCCGGUCCACUCAGACGGAUUCACCAGGAUUUGCAUAGUCUUUUCCUGCUUUUCUGUUUUUCAUGCAUGAUCUAAAUGUGUAGUGUUCAUUUUAUGAAAGUAUGUGAAAGUACAUUGACUAUAUAGUUCAAAGACAAGAACAUGUAGCAAACAAAAAACAACAAGAUUUUUUUUUUGUCAUUCAUUUCUCCUCUUGUACUGUAUCAUUACAUAGUCACACAGCAAUAACAGAAACAUCUAUAGGAGGAUUUCACUGAGGAAAUGUCACCUCAGUGAAAUAAUGAAUGAAACUUUAAGCUGGUGCCUGUAUCUGUGGUUCCAUUCUUAGGGUUUCAAACAAUUCUAUUCAUAUAAAGCAGGUUAUUGUUUAUUCAACCAAUCAUUUCAGCAUCAUCCUACAUUAUGCAUUUCUUUAUUAAUCUAAUGCAAUAAAGCUAAAAUAAGAAAGAGUUCUUGGCAACAUGCUGGCUUUGGAGCAGUGACUACUUUAGGAUGUCAUGUAUAUGGUUGUUAACAAUGUAUAUAAAGUGGGUUUGAAGUCAUUCCUUCUGUUUGCCUUUGACAAAAUGUCAGACCUUAUUUUAGGAUAAUUCAGUUUGAAUAAAGAAAGGUGGCUGUG